AUGGUGUCGCCGCCUCAAUCCUCUCCAUCUUCCUCGUCCUUGGGCCGCCUAGCAACAGUGGAGUCGCCGUUGGAGACCGGACCAGCUAGCGGUGGUGAGGGCGACGAUGUUGGACUUGGAGGAGGAGCUAGCGGUGGUGAGGGCAAGCUCGGAGAGGGAUUUGUGCUUGAGAUUUAUAUUUUAGGGGAAAACUGUACAUAG